AUGGGCAUACACGUGCACCCCUGUUUGGCUCGCCGCUGGCGCGCCUUUUCGCGGCUCUUUCGGUCUUUUUUCUUUGGCGUGGAGGCCCGCGCCCGCUUAGCCGCGAUAGCGGCGCGGCGGGGACGCACGUUGGCGCGGGCUUAUCAUAACGCUUUGCUUUGUCUUUGUCGCUCUCUCUCGAUGCCCGGUCCUCGCUCGCAUCCCGGAGAGAGGCGCCCCAAAACGCGCUCGCUCUCUCUCCCUGCCCUGUCCUCACUCGCGUCCCCGACAGAGGCGCCUCAGAAGGCGGUGGACCCCGUGGAAGCCGCGCGCCCCGCUGCGCCCGCGUAUGAGCACCUGCCACCCGCAAGACCCCGCGCGACAAACAGGAGCUUUGCCGGCGCAGCAGCUCGCCUGUCACCCGGCGUCGGCACCCGGCAUCGUCACCCGCCGUCGCUCACACGCCUCCCGGGCAAAAGUCCACAGGGACGGUGA